AUGGCGGCUUUUAUGGCGGUUUUCGUUUUGCUGGCGGUGUUUGCUAUUGGGGCAUUUGCCAAUGAUCCGGACAUGCUUCAAGAUGUUUGUGUUGCUGAUUGUACAUCAGUUUUAUUGAUCAACGUCCUAGGUAUUCUUGUGAACGGGUACACCUGCAAAAAUAUUAGCACAAUAACCCCAGAAGACUUCUUCUUUGCCGGGAUAUCUCAACCAGGCCAAAUCACAAACAACAUACUUGGGUCGAAAGGCACCAAGGCGAACGUCAAAGACAUCCCUGGUCUUAACACCUUAGGACUCUCUAUGUCUCGUGUCGACUUUGCUCCCUACGGUCUAAACCCACCUCACGUACACCCCCGUGCAAGUGAGAUGAUUUUCGUUCUUGAGGGCGAAUUAUACGUUGGUUUCAUAACCACCAACAAUAAGCUUAUUUCAAAAGUUGUUAAGGUUGGAGAAGUGUUUGUUUUCCCUAAAGGUUUGGCACAUUUUCUGAAAAACAUGUUGAAAUAUCCAGCUGCAAUUUUAGCUGCUUUUAACAGCCAACUGCCUGGCACUCAACAAUUAGCAGCUGCUCUUUUUACUUCUGAUCCUUCUGUGCCUAAUGAUGUCUUAGCUCAAGCCUUUAACAUUGAAGAAAAGGACAUUGAGAAGAUCCGAGUUGGGCUUACCCCCUAGAAGCAAUGUUUUCUUCACUUGGGAUUCACUAUCGACAUAUGUAAGUCCAAUACAGAUUGGAUUCAAUGUUUUUCAUUUUUUGAGUUCUUCCUUUAUUUGUUUUUUUGUUUUUGAGACUAUUGUUAAAUUUUUUGAGUAAACACUACAGUCUACAACCUCUAUUUCUUUUUAAUAUAUACAAUUUGACUUACGCAAAAAGUUUGAUUAUUUUUAUUUUUUCUGUACUUAUUAAUAAGUAUAAAUUGUGAAAAUUUGAUGUUUAAAAAAUUGUGUUAAGAAGAAUAAUCUGUCUUGCAUGGACCCAGUUCAAACUAAAAAUAGUGUAGAUCAGGUAGAGGUGAUCAUGGGCCGGGCCGGGCCUAAAUUGCGGGCCGAAUUUUUGUGUCCAAAGCCCGCUAUUUCGGGCCUAAAUUAGCGGGCUAAAACGGGCCGGGCCAAAAAAUAGACUAAAAAGUCGUUUUUGGCUUGCCCAAAGCCCGCCCAAAACAAAAAAAAAAUAUGGACGGGCCGGGCCGGGCCGAAAAAUUCAGCCCGAAACCCGGCCCAAAAACGGGCCGGGCCGGGCCCGCGAGACGGGCCAAAAUGAUCACCUCUAAGACCAGGCCCAGGCACGUGACCGGUUAAGAAGUACUCACUUUUAAUUACCAAAAAUAGAUACACUAUAUGAUACAUAGGUA